UCUAAACGUGCGUUAAAGUGCUCUUAAACUGAAUUAGUCCUGGCCUUGACAGACUGAAACUAUUAGUUCUUUCCAUACUGAUUUCCUCCUUACUAAAUGUCUUACCCAAUCACUUUAUGUGGGUAUAAUAAGACUACAGAUAUUUGUUUAACGAUUCACUGGAUUUUGUUAAGUUGAAUCCACUUAGUUAAUGGCGACAUCGCUAAGUGACAUUGUGUUUCGUAUUAACCAGUCUUCAGGCGAUAUGAUUGAAAGACGUUCGAUCUUGCGUCUUACAGAUGUUUCAAGUCUUGCAGAAUUAGCACACCGAGAGUACCAAGCUGGUGAUUAUGAACGAGCUGAGCAGCAUUGUAUGCAACUAUGGCACCAGGACCCAGAAAACACGUCAACUUUGUUGCUUCUCAGCUCCAUACACUUUCAGUGUCGCAGAAUGGAGAGGUCAGCUUAUUUCAGUCAGUUGGCAAUCAAGCAAAAUCCUUUGAUGGCAGAAGCUUAUUCGAAUCUUGGCAAUGUCUUCAAGGAACGAGGCCAAUUGAAGGAGGCCAUUGAUAACUACAGACAUGCGUUGAGGAUUAAACCGGAUUUCAUUGAUGGGUACAUAAAUUUGGCUGCUGCUUUGGUUGCGGCUGGGGACAUGGAGUCUGCAGUAAACGCUUAUGCAACAGCACUACAAUACAAUCCAGAUUUGUAUUGCGUUAGGAGUGAUCUUGGAAAUCUACUGAAGGCUCUCGGACGACUGGAUGAGGCGAAAUCAUGCUACCUAAAGGCAAUUGAAACAUGCCCAACUUUUGCGGUGGCCUGGAGUAACUUGGGAUGUGUCUUUAACGCUCAGAAUGAAAUAUGGUUGGCGAUACAUCACUUUGAGAAGGCUGUCACGUUAGACCCAACCUUUCUGGACGCAUACGUCAAUCUGGGGAAUGUACUAAAGGAAGCUAGAAUAUUUGAUAGAGCAGUAGCUGCAUAUUUGAGAGCAUUAACUCUUUCUCCCAACAAUGCUGUGGUUCAUGGGAAUUUGGCGUGUGUUUACUACGAGCAGAAUCUUAUUGACCUCGCGAUUGAUACGUACAAGAGGGCCAUCGAACUUCAGCCUAAUUUUCCCGAUGCGUACUGCAACUUGGCUAACGCCCUUAAGGAGAAAGGGAAAGUUUCGGAGGCGGAGGAGUAUUAUAAUACUGCUCUAAGGUUAUGUCCUACACAUGCAGACUCGCUGAACAACUUAGCCAACAUCAAACGUGAGCAAGGAAAGGCAGAGGAGGCUAUACGGCUAUAUGUCCGGGCCCUGGAGAUAUACCCUGAGUUCGCAGUCGCUCACUCCAACCUUGCCAGUAUGCUCCAGUUGCAGGGCAAACUGCAGGAGGCUUUGUUGCAUUACCGGGAGGCGAUUCGCAUUUCACCAACAUUUGCCGAUGCCUAUUCUAAUAUGGGCAACACUCUAAAGGAGUUACAAGAUGUUCAGGGUGCGAUGCAGUGCUAUCAGAGAGCCAUACAGAUCAAUCCUGCAUUCGCUGAUGCCCACUCAAACUUAGCCAGCAUACUAAAGGAUAGCGGCAACCUAGCAGAAGCAAUAACAUCUUACAAAACUGCUCUCAAACUAAAGCCUAACUUCCCAGAUGCAUUCUGCAACUUAGCUCAUUGCCUGCAAAUCGUAUGUGACUGGUCAGACUAUAAACAUAGAAUGAAGAAGCUUGUUUCUAUGGUCCAGGAUCAGUUAGAAUCGAAUCGUCUACCUUCUGUACAUCCCCACCACUCUAUGUUAUAUCCACUGACACACGAGCAACGCAAAAAAAUAGCUGGGAAGCAUGCUUCCUUAUGUUUGGAAAAGGUUUCACUAUUACACCACCAACCUUUCAGGUUUAUGAAGAAGUUGCCUGCUGGUCAACGCUUGAGAAUUGGCUACGUCAGUUCUGAUUUUUGUAAUCAUCCAACUAGUCACUUGAUGCAGAGCAUCCCUGGUCUGCACGACCGUACGAAAGUUGAGGUGUUUUGCUAUUCGCUGGCACCUGAUGAUGGGACCAAUUUCAGAGCCAAGGUUGCAAAUGAGGCAGAGCACUUCAUUGAUCUUAGUGGCGUUCAGUGCCAUGGUAAAGCUGCGGACAAGAUUGCCAGCGACGGGAUUCACAUCCUGUUAAAUAUGAAUGGCUACACCAAAGGCGCCCGUAACGAAAUAUUUGCACUGAAGCCAGCACCUAUCCAGGCUAUGUGGUUAGGAUAUCCAGGUACGAGUGGCUCGACGUUUAUGGACUACAUAAUAACAGAUAUGGUAACAUCACCUUUGCAGUUGGGUCACCAGUAUUCAGAGAAGCUGGCGUAUAUGCCCAAGACGUUCUUCAUCGGCGAUCAUCAACAAAUGUUUCCUCAUUUGCGCAAUCGGGUUGUUUUGGAAGGUGCAGACGAUGCUAACACUGGGCGUCGUGUGACUGACAAUUCCAGUGUCGUUAGUGGUCUGGAUAUCAAGCCGUUACUACAAGUUGCGUGUGUACGCGAAGUCAACUACGGUGGGCGUUUGGUUGAGGUUCAUGGUAAUCAGAGGAAAGAAACUUCUUACUACAUCAAACUUACAGUACUAACUAUUCCUUCCCUGCAACCGAUACAGAACAUGAUUCGCACAAACAGUCCUUCCUGUACUAUCAAUGGUGUGACUAUCCACAAUGGUCUGGUGACGCAGCAGACACAAUCCAAAGCUUCAGCUGGUGAGGAAGUACCGCGCGACCUAAUACUAACUUCUAGACAACAUUAUGGCUUGCCGGAGGAUGCUAUAGUAUUUUGUAAUUUUAACCAGCUAUACAAGGUUGACCCAUCAACGAUGCGAAUGUGGGUUGAGAUUCUGAAGGGUGUCCCAAAUAGUGUAUUGUGGUUGUUGCGUUUUCCAGCCGCAGGUGAGGCUGGUGCUCUUGCGGCAGCUUCGGAAAUGGGUCUUCAACAAGUCAACCGGCGCAUUCUUUUCAGUAAUGUUGCACCAAAGGAGGAGCAUGUUAGGCGUGGACAGGUUGCGGAUGUUUGUUUGGAUACUCCUUUAUGCAACGGCCAUACUACUGGCAUGGACGUCUUAUGGGCUGGUUGCCCCGUUGUUACUCUUCCUUUAGAGACUUUGGCCAGUCGAGUCGCAGCAAGUCAACUUCAUACGUUAGGUUGUCCUGAGCUUGUGGCUAACAGUCAGGAAGACUAUGUCCGUAUCGCAACCAAAUUGGGUAACAAUCGGGAGUAUCUGCAAGCCAUGCGCGCAAAGGUUUGGAAGGCGAGGGAGUCAUCGCCACUUUUCAGCUGUCGGAGCUAUGCUGCUGAUCUCGAAGCUCUGUUCUACCGCAUGUGGCAGCAGUAUGAAUCCGGUACCAUUGAUCACAUUGUAGAAUGGCCUGCAAAAUCCAACAAAGAAAGUACCUAGUCUCGCUAUGAAACCCUCGUCAUCUGUAAAUAUAUCAUUUAUUAACACUA